AUGAGAGAGAGAGCGAGAAAUGCGCGAGAGAGAGAGAGAGAGAGAAAUGCGCGAGAGAGAGAGAGAGAGAGAGAAACGUCAAAAGCAGUAAAAUUGCGUUCACACACUCUCUCUCUCACCAAUUCAUUCUCUCUCUCUCUCUCUCUCUCUCUCUCUCUCUCUCUCGAUUCUCACGGCUGCACUGGCACUGGGGACUCACAGUUUUGUCGUCGCGCGUCCGCGUUGUGGGGAGAGGACGGGGAGGGGGGCAUCAUGGCCAAGCGGGUGUUGCAAUGUGCCGUGCGGCCCGGCAUGACGCUGGCCGAGAUUGAUACGCCGGCUUUGCUUGUUGAUAUGACCGCGCUGGAGCGCAACCUUGGCACGAUGCGCAAGGUCAUGGCUGGAUUCCCGCAUAUGCGUCUGCGCCCACAUGCCAAGACCCACAAGACGCCCUACCUGGUUGACCUCCAGCUGCAAAACGGCGCGGCGGCCGUGUGUUGUCAAAAGCUGGACGAGGCCCAAGCCAUCCUUGCCGGCUCUUCGGUCAAGGAUGUCAUGGUGACCAACGAAAUUGUGGGCAAGCCCAAGAUUGCACGCCUCAUGCGCCUGGCCAAGGAAGCAGCCUCCAAGGAUAAAACCCUGUCUGUGCUUGUUGAUGACAUGUCCAACCUACGCGAGGUGGCUGAGCAGUGCCGACUGGCCGCCGUUCGCUUGGGUAUCUGGAUUGAAGUGAACGUCGGACAAAACCGCUGUGGAAUUGAUCAUGACUCGCCCGUGUUGCUCGAGUUGGCCCGUUUUAUUGACGAGCACCCAGAUCUGACUUUCCGUGGCCUGCAGUGCUACCAGGGUGCAUUGCAACAUGUGCGUGCGCAUGCUGACCGACAGCGGCUUGUGGAUGAGGUGGCGGCAAAGGCUCGAGCUGCCCGUCAAACCCUUCUUGAUGCCCGGCUGCCGUGUCCCGACGUCAGCGGGUGUGGUACUGGCACUUUUAUGCUUGAGGGCACCUGCGGCGUCCAUACCGAAGUGCAGGCUGGCUCCUUCAUGUUUAUGGAUGCGGAUUAUGGUCGAAACCUUGCCGAGACUUACCUCGAGUGUGCGUGCGAUGCGUCGAGACCGCAGGGUGGGGGGCAUGUCUCGCAGUUUGAGCAUGCACUCUUUGUGUUGACGACCGUCAUGUCGCACACCAACCCUGAUCGCUUGGUCGUGGACGCGGGCAUGAAGGCGGUGUCCUUGGAUUCGGGUCCGCCUACCGUUGUCGAUGAGACGGCCACGCAGGCAGCUGGACGGGGUGUGGCGUUUGAUGAAUCUCGGGUGCGCUAUCAGAAUGGUGGCGACGAACACGGUGUCUUGAUGCUGGGUGACUCGGGUGCCCUGCCUGACGCCCAGGUGGGCACCUUGCUGCGACUCAUUCCAGGCCACUGCGACCCCACCGUCAAUAUGUUCGAUUUCAUGGUGUUUGUGCGAGACGGCAUUGUGGAACGCGUCGAAGCCAUCGAGGGCCGGGGUCCAGGCCUGUGA